UGUCAUUAUUGACAGUUAAGCAUGUUAUUUCUGCGAUAGGACGUGCGUGUGCUUGCUGUUGAUGAUAUUUACUUUUUGAUUUUUAUAUUUAUUGAAUUAGUGAAUUUCACUGUAAUUACCUGAAUCAUUUUUAUUUAGCAUUUACUGCAAUUAUAAUAAUAAAUUUUGUGAAGUGUAUACAGAGAUAAUAUCGGUCGACCUUAUAUUGAAUUUAAAUCGUGGUUAGGGAUCGUAUUAGUAAUUAUUUCAAGUGGGUGUGUUUUGCAUGUUUGAACCUUAUGGCGUCGUUGUCAUUGCCUCGAGUUCUUCAGCUUAAGAAGAACAGUCUCGACGCUGAACGUGAACAGUUCGAAAAGUUUCAGAAUAUCGCCAUCCAAAAGGCGAUCAACUCUAUAGAGACUCCAGUAAAGGAAAAACAUGUCAGAAGCACCAUCAUCGGCACCUUCCAGGAGCAGAGCGCCAUUACAUACUGGAUGGUGGCGGUACGCCUCCCGCUUCAAGACAACCGCAUAGUUGCGUGGAAGUUCUGCCACGUGACGCACAAACUACUCCGUGAGGGGCACCCCGCCUGCCUGGACGACUCGCAGCGGCACAUAUCCAUGAUCGAGAACCUAGGCAAGCUGUGGGUCCACCUCCGCGAGGGUUACGGCAAGCUAGUACACCUUUACUGCAACCUGCUGGUGUGCAAGCUCAAGUUCCACGCGCGCAAUCCUCGCUUCCCCGGCAACAUGCAGGUCACCGCCGACGAGCUAGAUGCCAUCGCGGAGAACGACGUCAACAACUAUUUCCAACUUUGCGUCGAGUUGUUUGACUAUAUGGACGACAUUCUCAGUUUACAAGCGGCAGUUUUCGACAGUCUGGGUAACGCGCGCGCCAACUCGAUGACCGCGAGCGGGCAGUGCCGGCUGGCGGCUCUGAUCCCGUGCGCGCAGGACGCGUCGCACGUGUACGACUGCAACGUGCGCCUGCUGUUCCGCCUGCACGCCGCGCUGCCCGCCGACACGCUCACGGGGCACAGGGAGAGGUUCCGAGAGCAGUUCAAGAAGUUGAGUUCUUUCUACAAACACGCAAGCAGUUUGCAAUAUUACAGAAAUCUUUUGACCUUGCCCGUUUUGCCAUCGAAUCCACCCAACUUCCUAUUACAGAGUGAUUUCGGAACUUAUGUAACGCCAGUAGUCUCCAUACCUGAUCCUCAACCAGACGAAGUGGACUCUGUAGGAGCAUUGAUUGACACUUCGGAUACCAUCAGUCAAGCAACGACUCCAGAUCAUUUGGACGCAUUUGAGACGCGAGCUACGCCCUCACCGCAACCAGACCCGGUGGUCGAACGAGACCGGCUCAUUGACCAUCUGCAGAACGAGCUGCGUAGAAUGAGGGCAGAAGUAACUACGAGAGUGGAAGAGCGAAAUAACAUAAUGGGAGCCAUGCGAGAGCUGUCCACUAGACUCGAAUCGCAGCUCCAUGCUGUCAAGACAGAAUUGGAGCAGGAAAAGAAAAAGUCAGAAAUAUUAACUGCACAAACACCCGAAAUUAAAAAAAAACUAUCAGACACUGAGGAGAAAGCUAAAGUAACAGACGAAAAGUUUCAAAAAUUAAAAGGAGCAUACACACAAUUACGACAAGAACAUAUCAACCUGAUAAGACAGAAAGCCGAAGUAGAUAAAUUGACUACUAAUUUACGAGCCGCAGCUGCCCAACACGAAAGCGCAAAAGUAGCCUUGCAGCAACAGCUCAAUGAUAGGAUGAAAGAUGUUGAAUUAUUGCAACAAAGUGCAUCUUCUAGUGAAGAGGUUGAAGCGUAUAAAAAUGAAAUUACUAGUCUACGAGUAGAACUAGAAAAUUCUAGACAAAAAGAGACAGAAUUAGAAACUUUAAAAGCAUCAAUGGAGGCGUUAGAAAUAGAACACAACACUGCCAAAACUGAACAAGAAGAAAAACUAAAUACAAUAGCAGGCGAAUUAAAGGAGACAAAAGAAAUAUUGGAACAAAUUAAACACGAAAAACUCGAAUCCGAAACGGAGUUACAUAAAGUUAAGGUAGAGUUGACAAGUCUAAGAGAAAAGAGUGGUGAUGAGUACAAUAAAGUGGUAGCAGAAAAAGACGAUGCAUUGCGACAAGUCGAAGAAUUAAAACAGCAACAUCAACAAGACAAAGAGGAUCAAAUGCUUUCCACUAACAAAUUUCAAUCGGAACUAGAAACUUUAAAACGUAGGUUGAUAGAUACAGAAUCUGAAUUGUUACACAAAUCUGAAGUAUUAAAAGAACAAUUAGAUCUAAAAUCUAAAGAAUUCGAAAAUGUUAUCAACACAAAAGACAAUCAAAUAGCGGAAACGUCAGAUAAACUUGCAGUUUUGCUGUCUGAAAUAGAAACAUCGAAAUCAAGUUAUGAAAAAAAGUUGCAUCAGCAGGAUAACGAAAUUAAAACACUGAUGAAAAAGAUGGACGAGUUGAAUAAAUGUAACAAAGACAAUGAAGGCAUGUCACAUUCAUUGAUAAAAGAAAGAGAUAACAUACAAAACGAAUUAAAUGAGGCAAACAAACAACUCGAUAUUCUUAAAGAAGAACUAAUAGAGAAAAGUAAUGUCAUCUGUAAAUAUGAAAAGUUGGUUACAGAAUCUCAAUCUGCUAAUGAGAUUCUUGAGAGGAAUAAAAAUGAAGUAAUAUCCGAUUUGCAAAGCAAAUUAUGUUUAAAACAUGAAGAAAAUUCUUUACUUGAAAAUAAAAUGUCAGAAAAGGAUAAGGAAAUAGAGGUACUUCUUUCUGAUUCCAGUAUUCUUAAGGAAAAAAAAAUUGAGUUCGAAGAAAAACUUAAAGAAAAGUCAAUAGAAAUAACAAUAUUAAAUGAAAAAUUAAAAAAUGUAGUUGAAUGUAAAGACGAAAUUAUUAAUAAUUUAAAAAGUGUUGUGUCUGAAAAAGAUAACCAAGUCAUUGCUCUUAAUGUGGAAGUCACUAAACUAUCAGAAUAUAAUAGGAAACUGGAGGAAGAUUUAAAUGAGUCCCAGGCUGAGUUGGAAAUAGGUAAAAAUGAAUUUCUGACUUUAAAAGAAGAGUAUGAUGUUGUAAUCCAACAAAGGGAGACUGAAUUAUCAUUGAAACACCAAAAAUUAAAAGAUCUGAAUGAUAGAAUAUCCCAACUCUGCCAUGAAAAUGAUGAAUUGACAUUAGAAAAAGAUAGAAUUACAAGUGAUUCUAGUUUAGAGAAACAGGUAUUUGAGACUAAUAUUAAAGAAAAAGAUGAAUUUAUUGAAAAAAUACGGAAUGAAUGUCAAACAAUCUACAAUGAAAAAGAAGACAUGAAAAGCAAUUUCAAUGACAUAAUUGACAAUUUGAAAUCUGAGUGCGAAAAUUUAAAAAUCGAGAAAGAAAAUGAAACUAAGGUUUUGUGCGACAAAAUUGAAAUGCAAAAUAUAUCAUUUAAUAAUCAAAUAAUUGAAAAAGAUGAGAAUAUAGCAAAUGCUCAUAAGGAAAUUGAAAAUCUCAAGCUUGUAUUAGACGAAGUGAAAAAUUUAAAAUCAAAAGAAAAAGAAGAGAUGGAAUCAAUUAUAUUAGAUAAAGAUAAAGAAAAACAGACUUUGGAAGCUAGAUUAAAUGUCGCCGACAGCAGACGACUGAAUGCCGAAUCUGAAUUGCAGGAUCUUUUGCAACAAAAUACAGUGCUCGAAGCAGACUUAGCGACACUCAAGAUACAACUGGAAGAGGCCAAGAGAGAAAUUGAGAAACAGAGUUCGCGUAUAGUGACGUGCGCGGGUGAGGCAGCUUUAGAGGUGACUCAGGACGCGAUCUCGUUGUUCGAGGGCGCGCAGGAAGCGGAACGCGGCGCUGCCUUGUUAGCCGCCGCUGCAUUAGAACAACUCGCGGCCCACACUCAGGUAAAAGGCCACGAGGAAUCGGUGGCUAAAUCCGCGAUACUGGCGGCGCACAACACGGCACAGUUGUCUGCACAACUCUCUGACUUGUCCAACACGUCCACAGAUAUAGAGCUUGCGGAUAAACUGAGCAACGAAUGCAGAACCAUGCUGAUAGCAACGAAGCAGUGCUUAGAAUCAUUGAAAAGUGGUUCGUUAACCGGCGAUUUGUUAACGGAGGCUCGUGGCAGAGUUCAAACGGCGGGACAAAUCGCUCAACAAGCUGCCAACCUUGCUGGCGGCCACCUAAGCGUGGACGAUGAACUGGCGGGGAUGGACCGGGCGAUAGAGGAGGCAGCUUCACAGAUAGAGUCGUUGCUAGCGGCGAGUCGCGCUGGCGACUCGGGCGUUAAGUUGGAAGUGAACGGUAAAAUUCUGGACGCUUGCACUACAUUGAUGAGCGCCGUGAAGGUGUUAGUGCAAGACUCUCGGGCGCUGCAGACGGAACUAGGAGACCCCACCACAAGGCAGCACAUGUACAGGAAGAACCCGCAGUGGUCCGAGGGGCUCAUAUCUGCGGCUAAGGCGGUCGUGUUCGCAGCGAAGUUGCUAGUGAGUUCAGCGGAUGAGGCGGUAGGCAGCGCGGGUCGUCUGGAGGGCGUGUCUGCCGCAGCGCACGAGGUGGCAGGCAGCACCGCGCAACUGGUGGCCGCCUCCCGCGCCCGCGCGCCGCCCGCCAGCGUCGCCCUCGCGCGACUCACCGCCGCCUCCCGCGCCACCGCCGCCGCCACCGGCGCGCUCGUGGCCGCCGUGCGCGCCGCCGCCGCGCUGCGCCGCGACACAGAAGCGCUGGACACGUCCGCUUUAACGCUGACUGCGACGCGAAUCCUCGAGAUGGAGAGCAAAGUGCGUUCGCUCGAGCUCGAGACAGCACUCGACGCGGAACGAGCCCGGCUCGCCGCCUUACGCAAGCGGCACUACCACCUCGCGCAACAGGAGGAGAACGGAAACAUGGCAAAUGGAAAAGAGUGAACGAGCACGUAAUGUUUUCUAAUUAUAAAACAUUUGCGUAGAAUUACUGUUAGAUGUGAGAGAUAGAGAAAUUUGUAAACCAACUUGUUAGAUUGCUUUAAUUUGAAUAAUAUAUAUACACAUAUAUAUAUUAUUUAGGUGUAAAAUGGCAUUUUAAAAACGAAUCAUUCUUUAUUUGCAUUUUUGUACACAACGAAUCGAUAUAUUUUUUACUAACGAAUCGAUAUAGUCUUCCUGCCUGACUGAGGAGGCUCAAUUGACUAGAUAAAUUUAAUGUAUUCCUCGAAGGCACGAAGUGUGGUUAUAAGUAAAAGCUUACUAAUCAUUAUAUUUAAACGUAAAAAUAUCAGAAUAAAAUAACAAACGAAACACCAAGUCACCAACCUUAUAUAGUGUGAUUUUAUGGAUUAGUUAGAUUUAGAUUGAAAUUGACGUAGUGCGUGUGUGUCUAUUUUAGUUAGCAACCAGUUUAAAAGGGAAUUCUCUAUAAUUAAACAAUCGAAAUAAUCAAACGAGUCUGUGCGACAGAUGUCGUUGAUAAAUUAUCAUUUCAUCAUCACUAAACCUGAGUAGAGAGAUCAUUUUGACAAAAUAGGGUCAACACACGCGUGCGUUGCAGGCGAGCAUGACGAUUUUAAUUGUAUUUUACAUCCCCACGAGAGUUAGGUUAUAAGAGUAUAUAAUCACGACACGUUAAGCUUUAAAUGAUAAGACUUAAGGUAUAGAUUCGUGAAUUGUGUUUUUAUAAUGUAAGUAAAGAUAUAUUUUAUACCUUUAAUUUAACUUUCAUAUAUACACUUAAUUAUAAUAAUACCCACUUUGUAAUUCAGUUUUAACAUUAUAAGUAUUUGAUAUGCUGUAUUUUACUUUUCAUAACAAUAAAUUGUGAUUUAUUAAGUUAAAAAGUUAAUUGUCAUAUAAAAUCUAUAAUUUUGUCUUUUAUAAGUUAUGUUUCUACCUAUUACAUUUACUAAUAAACAUAUACCUACUGUUAAUACGGGUUUUACUUCCUAGUGUUACGAUGCAGAUUACCUAACCAGUUACCUACUAUUAUUAAACACAAGUGUUAGUCUAAUGAAAAAGCAAGGUCAAAUGGCGCAAAAAUAAACCAAAAACAGUUUUCACAGUCCAUACAAUCUUGUUGAAAAUGAUGUAAUACAAUGACCAAAUGUAUACGAACGAUCUGCGAUCUGCUGCUGAAAUGACCUUGUUAAUACCAAAGUUACGUAAAAUUCUAUUUCUUCUCAUGAAAUGUAAUGAUGUAAUUGUUGCAAAUUUAUAUUUAGUAGAAAAUGCGAUUUCUUUGAAAUGACCUUGUCAAUACAAAAGCUACGUAAAAUCCUCUUUCUUUUCAUGAAAUGUAUUGAUGUAAUUGUUGCAAAUUUAUCUUUAGUAGAAAUUUUUGUCGGCGAUUUCUUUGAUUUCCAUUUGUUUGUUUGUCCUAAAAUAAUAAAAUAAUCUGUUUAUAUACUUCCUACAUUUAGAGUUCGAAGAUCUCAGUUAACCCGGCGUUCGCACAGUUGGGUCUAUUUGACCCGAGCAGUUUUCAAAUGAGCGUGUUUCUUAAAAUGUUUGUGCGACUUUGCCAAACUUCUCAGUAGCUGGAGCUAAUGGUCCCCCCUCCACGUGGGAUUCGCCAAUCAGUCGUGUUGCGGCCGCAGCGAGUGAUAGACAUGGCCAAACACGAAAAAGGUAAAUAUGACCCAACCAUACUAUUCGUGUCGUAAUUUUGCGCCGUUUAAAAAAAUGUUUUAUUGUUGUUUUAUAUUGUUUAUUUUGUUAUUUUUGGCAAAUAUGUCUGAAAUAAAUGCGUACAUAUUACAUAACGCCAAUUUCUAAAAAAACUUAAGCCUUAUACUGGUUCGUGAGCAUUUGCGCAAUCGUAAAGAUGUCAUUCAGUUGCCAAGACUCAUGCGCAAAAGAAUAAGAGAGUUUUUAGGAGUAGGUACCUGAUGAGGAGCCACCUGUGAAGAUACUUUAUGUAAGAAAGAGAUGCCAAGACUGCUCUGCCAAAAAAGAUAGAAAACUAAUACUUUUCGGAGCUGUAUAUGCAAAUACAUCUGCAGUGAGCAUGCAAUGUUGUACUGCCGAGAUUGCGCAGAUGAUAAGGAUACUAUGACUGACGUAUGAGACUGAUACAAAUAGUAUAAUAUUAUUAGUUUACUAAAGAUUUGAUUAACAUGUAACAAAUUAGUUUAUGUUAUAGAAAAAAGUUUGUUUUGUUAAAAUUUUAUUACUUUAAGACAGAGGUUGUCCAUUUUGUUAAUAUUUUGUGAAACUUUUAUGAAAAUGACAUUAAAAAGAUAGUUUCGUAUCAUGUUGUGUUUUUUUCUGCUCAAAACCUAUAACGAUAAUCGUUUUAUACAGAUAGUACAACCACAAACCAAAUUUAUUUUAACUUUUGUAAUUAUGGCGUUUUCUUAUACGGGUCCUCUCGACCGAACCCUACUGUCGUUGAUGCAUAUUUUGACUGUGCUGACGCCGGGUUAAAAAAACUGUAUUGAAGUAAACACAAGAUCACUUACACAUACUUUAUUCGCUGUUUGAAUUAAUACUGCUAAUACAAUAAAGUAAGCAUGGCAACAUGUUAAUAAUAAUGAUAGUUCAAAACUAAACAGAAUUAUUAAACAAAUAUAAUUUAAAUCAACAACAUUGACAUUGACAAGCUCAUUGAAAUAAUUGGACAAAACAUACAAAAUUGUUUUUUUUAAUUGUGGAAUGAUACAUUCACCAUUAUACUUAUGGUUAACAGAAAUGGGCACUAAAAAUAAACCUAUAUCAAUUACACUGAAGAUUACAAAUAUGGACCUCGUAACAGGUUACUCACUGUAGAAAAUUCUCUAACUUUAUCUGCAAUUGAUUUCAAAGUUAGUGUCAAUAUAAAAAAAUAUUAAAUAAAUAUUUCCAACACUCAC